AUGCCUGCCGCAAAGGAGAGCGGCAUUGGCGAGGACCAGCAGAAUGGAACCGUCUUCUCCGUCUCUGGUCCUGUCAUUGUCGCGGAAAACAUGAUCGGUGUUGCCAUGUACGAGCUUUGCAAGGUCGGCCACGAUGAGCUGGUCGGCGAGGUCAUUCGUAUAGAAGCAGACAAAGCCACCAUUCAGGUGUACGAAGAAACAGCUGGCGUUACUGUUGGAGACCCCGUCCUGCGAACUGGCAAGCCUUUAUCCGUCGAGCUCGGACCCGGCUUGAUGGAAACAAUCUACGAUGGUAUACAGAGACCUCUGAAGACCAUUGCAGGCAACACAAACAGCAUCUACAUCCCCCGCGGCAUCGCCGUCCCUUCACUAGAUAGGAAGAAGAAAUGGUCGUUCACGCCGACUAUGAAAGAGGGAGAUCACAUCAGUGGUGGUGAUGUCUGGGGUAAAGUUCCUGAGAACAGCUUGGUCAACGAGCACAGAAUUCUCCUGCCCCCUAGAGCCCGAGGAACAAUCAAGAAGAUUGCUCCGAAGGGCGAGUAUACCGUCGACGAGCCCCUCCUUACGCUGGAGUUCAAUGGUGAGACCAAGGAGUACCCCAUGAUGCAGACAUGGCCUGUUCGUGUCCCUCGCCCCGUCACCGAACGACUUUCAGCAGAUUCUCCUUUCAUCGUCGGACAGAGAGUUCUCGAUGCUCUCUUCCCAUCGGUCCAGGGCGGUACAGUGUGCAUUCCGGGAGCUUUCGGCUGUGGCAAGACAGUCAUUUCACAAUCCGUCUCGAAGUUCUCCAACAGCGAUAUCAUUGUCUACGUUGGAUGUGGCGAGCGUGGUAAUGAGAUGGCUGAAGUCUUGAUGGACUUUCCAGAGCUCUCCAUCACCAUCGAGGGCCGUAAGGAACCCAUCAUGAAGCGAACCUGUUUGAUCGCCAACACCUCAAAUAUGCCAGUGGCCGCUCGAGAAGCCUCCAUCUAUACUGGAAUUACCUGCGCCGAGUACUUCCGGGAUCAAGGCAAAGCCGUCGCCAUGAUGGCAGACUCGUCGUCCCGCUGGGCUGAAGCACUUCGAGAGAUUUCCGGUCGUCUAGGAGAAAUGCCCGCAGACCAGGGUUUCCCCGCCUACCUGGGCGCGAAGCUCGCUUCCUUCUACGAAAGAGCCGGCGCAUGUCAAGCUCUCGGCUCGCCAGAACGCAACGGCAGCAUCUCCAUCGUCGGCGCCGUGUCCCCUCCCGGCGGUGACUUCUCGGACCCUGUCACUUCCGCCACUUUGGGUAUUGUGCAAGUGUUUUGGGGAUUGGACAAGAAACUGGCUCAAAGAAAGCAUUUCCCUUCGGUCAACACCUCCCUCUCAUACAGCAAGUACACCAACAUCCUCGACAAAUUCUACGCCAAGGAUCACCCCGAGUUUCCGCGCCUCCGUGAUCGGAUUAAAGAGUUGCUCACCAACUCCGAAGAUCUCGACCAAGUCGUGCAGCUGGUCGGCAAAUCUGCGCUGGGUGACUCCGACAAGAUCAUUCUCGACGUCGCGGCCAUGCUCAAGGACGAUUUCCUGCAGCAAAACGGAUACAGUGACUACGACCAAUUCUGCCCAUUGUGGAAGACAGAAUACAUGAUGAAGGCGUUCAUGCAAUUCCAUGACGAGGCGCAAAAGGCAGUGAGCAGUGGGUUGAGCUGGGCGAAGGUGAGGGAGGCAACGUCCGAGAUCCAACACGGCUUGCGCAGUAUGAAAUUCGAGUUACCGGACGACGAGGACGCGGUGAGCAAAAAGUAUGACGGGCUGUUGCAGAAGAUGAGUGAGAAGUUUGCGAAUGUCAGCGAUGAGUAG